GGUUGCUAAAUGAGUACCGGGACGAGACGACGUCGCGACGCACUCGUCGCAGUCACCCCGAGGGGUUACGGAUGUCCGAGUGCUUACGAGGAACCUGAUCUGUGACGAACUCCCUUCUUUACGAGACGAACGACGGUCGUGUGUUUCGACGGGCCGUGGAAGUGCUUACGUUGAGUUCGAGUAUUGAAAGCGUGUGAGGUCAAAUUUGGUGAAUGGAGCCUACUCAAAAGACUAGUUUACAACUCUUCAAGCACCAUAUUAUCUGUGCUAAAAACAAGAAUUGCAGAUAUUUCGGAAAAUAAUGAAGAUAUAAAAAUACAAGAAUUCGAAAGAGGAAAUAACACGCCGCUAUAUUCAAUCUACGAAACGUUUCACGGAAGUGAAAAUACUGAACGAACGUGAAAAAAAUAUCGAACGAGAAGAUAUAUGAUCAAAAGCCAAACAAUGCUGUUCACAAUUGCAAUUUCUAUCUACAUACUAAAUUCACUAUGGAUAACUUGUCAAGCAGUGCCCUUGAUAGAUCUAAGAAAUACAAUGGAACAAAACGUCCUGGAUGCUAUGAUCACAUCAGCAUGUUCUUCGAAUGGAGAGUGCUGGGAAUGGCUACCAAUACAAGAACUUCAUGAAAAUAUUCCUACAGUACCAGAAAAUCUACCUAUAUUAAAAACACUUGUCCGACGACAAACUCUAAAUACAGAUCCAAAUACAAUAAUAGACUCAUGGAAUGAUGGUGCUGCAACAUUAGAGAAAAACAGUCAAUCAUAUAUAAUUGCUAAACGAAAUGGAAAUAAAUUUUCGAAGAAAGAUGCACUUAUGCCUCGCGGCUGGAGUGCUGGUGGUAUGCCCUUUUCUGUUCUUUACAUGAAUCCAUACGGCCCUCGUGGGAAUCAUGCCAAUACAGAGCAACAACAUGAAAUAGGGAAAACAGUUGAAACUUCAACACCAUCAUUGGCACAGUCUAAUUCCCGCAUUGCAAUUCGUAAUGGAAAUCCUUCACUACCAAGAAGACAGUAUUCGAUAAUACCGCAGCUUUUUAUAUCUUAUGGAUGGGGUUCAUUCGGUAAAUAAAGAGGAUCUAGUAUUUAAUAAAAUACUACAGUAUAAAUGGAAUAUUGAUCUCAGAAUAUUGGUAUACAAGGUCAACUGUAGAAAUUUUGAUUCGUGAAUAGCUUUAAAUAAGUAUUUUGGCAGACUAUGUACUUAAAUGCAAGUUAAUUUUACUGACAUAAAUUGUAUUUUAAAUUUUUUGUUAAACUAUCUAUAAAUACUAAAGUUAAAAUUUC